CACCCAACAUGGGGCUCGAACCUACAACCUCAAGAUCAAGAGCUGCAUGCUCUGCUGACUGAGCCAACCAGGCACCCCAAGAAAGCAUCACAUAUGUCUCUUCCUCAGAAAGUGAGUGGAGCAUGAGGGAGAGAACCAUGGAAAAGGAACUCAUGGAAUACGAGAAACAGGAGAUCAGCCCAGGAAAGAGGCAAGAGCAAAUGCCUGUGCCACAGCUGCCCAGCAGACCUGGAGAGAAAUCAGUCCCAAACAGAGCAGGAGAACAGAGAACGGCCAGGAGUUUCCUAACCACAUAACCUCUCAGAACUGAACCAAAACAACAUUAUUCCUGGAGCACCUCUUUUUAAGGUAGAACUUUAGACUUCAUAGCACUGAAUUAACCUGCACUGAAAGCUGUUUACCUGCAGUUGUUCACUUUUGUUGAAAGUGACCAUGUCUCAAGUUCAAGUGCAAGUUCAGAACCCAUCUGCUGCUCUCUCAGGGAGCCAAAUACUGAACAAGAACCAGUCUCUUCUCUCACAGCCUUUGAUGAGUAUUCCUUCUACUGCUAGCUCUCUGCCCUCUGAAAAUGCAGGUAGACCUAUUCAAAACUCUGCAUCUGUCACACCCACCAGUGCAGCUGCAGUUCCUUCUAGCAUGGCACACCCCAAAGAGAAAACCCCAAUGUGUCUUGUGAAUGAGUUAGCCCGUUUCAACAAGAUUCAGCCUGAGUAUAAGCUUUUGCGUGAGCAAGGUCCAGCUCACUGUAAGGUGUUUACAGUACAGCUAACACUUGGAGAUCAGCACUGGGAAGCUGAAGGAACUAGUGUUAAAAAAGCCCAGCACACAGCUGCUGCCAAAGCUUUGGAAGGAACAAAAUUUCCUAAACCCAUAGUCCGCCCUUUUCGUAGCGAAGGAAGGAAUCCAGGUAUUAUGCGUGGGCCAAGACAGGUUCCUUUCAGAAGUGUGCCUAGAGAAAGCAUAACCCCUACUGUAGAGCUAAAUGCACUGUGCAUGAAACUUGGAAAAAAACCAAUGUAUAAGCCUGUCGACCCUUACUCUCGGAUGCAGUCCACCUAUAACUACAACAUGAGAGGAGGUGCUUAUCCCCCAAGGUACUUUUACCCAUUUCCAGUACCGCCUUUACUUUAUCAAGUUGAGCUUUCUGUGGGAGGACAGCAGUUCAGUGGGAAAGGAAAGACAAGACAGGCUGCAAAACACGAUGCUGCUGCGAAAGCCUUGCGGACCCUGCAAAGCGAGCCCCCACCGGAGAGGCUGGAGGUGAGGCGGGCGGGCGAGCAGGUGAAUGGAAGAGAAUCAGAAGAAGAAAAUCUCAAUAAAUCUGAAAUAAGUCAAGUGUUUGAGAUUGCACUUAAACGGAACUUGCCUGUGAAUUUUGAGGUUGCCCGGGAGAGUGGCCCCCCCCACAUGAAGAGCUUCGUGACCAAGGUGUCAGUUGGGGAGUUUGUGGGAGAAGGUGAAGGGAAGAGCAAGAAGAUUUCGAAGAAAAAUGCUGCCAUAGCUGUUCUUGAGGAGCUGAAGAAGUUGCCACCCCUGCCCACAGUCGAGCGAGUGAAGCCCAGAAUCAAAAAGAAAACAAAAUCCAUAGUCAGGCUACAGAGCAGCACAGACUAUGGCCAGGGGAUGAACCCGAUCAGCAGGCUGGCCCAGAUCCAGCAGGCGAAAAAGGAGAAGGAGCCGGAGUACAUGCUCCUGACGGAGCGAGGCCUCCCACGCCGCAGAGAGUUUGUGAUGCAGGUGAAGGUGGGAAACCAUACCGCGGAAGGAACAGGCACCAAUAAGAAGGUGGCCAAACGCAACGCAGCCGAGAACAUGCUGGAGAUCCUUGGUUUCAAAGUCCCACAGGCUCAGCCCACCAAACCAGCCCUCAAAUCAGAGGAGAAGACACCAGUAAAAAAACCAGGGGAUGGAAGAAAAGUAACCUUUUUUGAACCUGGCUCUGGGGAUGAAAAUGGGACUAGCAAUAAAGAGGAUGAGUUUAGGAUGCCUUAUCUUAGCCAUCAGCAGCUGCCCGCUGGGAUUCUUCCCAUGGUGCCCGAGGUUGCCCAGGCCGUAGGAGUCAGUCAAGGACACCACACCAAAGAUUUCACCAGGGCAGCUCCGAAUCCUGCCAAGGCCACGGUAACUGCCAUGAUAGCCCGUGAAUUGUUAUAUGGGGGCACCUCGCCCACAGCCGAGACCAUUUUAAAGAAUAACAUCUCUUCAGGCCACGUACCCCACGGACCUCUCACAAGACCCUCUGAGCAGUUGGACUAUCUUUCCAGAGUCCAGGGAUUCCAGGUGGAAUACAAAGACUUCCCCAAAAACAACAAGAACGAAUUUGUAUCUCUUAUCAAUUGCUCCUCUCAGCCACCUCUGAUCAGCCACGGGAUUGGAAAGGAUGUGGAAUCCUGCCAUGACAUGGCCGCACUGAACAUUUUAAAGUUGCUGUCUGAGUUGGACCAACAAAGUACAGAGAUGCCAAGAACAGGAAAUGGCCCAAUGUCUGUGUGUGGAAGGUGCUGAACCUUUUCUGGCCACGAACCGUUGUAAAACCCCAACACAUAUACUGAAAAUACUGAAACUGCUUUGAGAAUUUGGAAUUUGGAAUUUCUGAUACCUCCAGUGGGCUGAGACACGUGCUGGGUAAAGAAGCAGAGGCGGCAGUGGUGACGAAGGCGGGGACGCAAGGAGGCAGUGUGGCUGCGGGUGCGCGGUGUUUUGUGCCACACGCAGGCAGCUGCUUGCUGAGGGGUGCUGCGAGGCCUGCCAAGCGGCCCUGGCUUGACCGGGAAACCAGCAGGCCCCGGCCCCUGGCACCUCGGUGCUCGGCUGUCGUCACCCUUUGGGCCGUGUUAAGGACACAGGAGAGAGCGCGCGCAACCUUUCUCAGACUGGCUCACGCAGACGCCUGGGACAAACCCUGGACACCCACGCCGGGGACAGGGGCCUUAGACCAGCCCCAGAGCCGAAAGCACCAGAGAAAAUCAAAUGCUUCCUACUCAGCGCCAACCAUUCUAGUGUGCUACGGCCCCACCUCCGUGGUGCCCACACCGUCCCCACUGCUUUCUCUUCCAACAGAUACGUACUCUUAAGUUUUCUUAUUUUCUUUUGAUUGAAAUGACACUAUAUAAAUUUUCAUUUGAGAGUUUCUCAAUUGUAUCUAGUUACAUAGCACAGUUUAGAAACUUGUCCGAGACUGACCCUACUGGAAACCUAAUCAGCAGAGAUCAUAUCCGUGUGUAUGUGGUUCCACAUUCUUACUUUGUCAGACUGAGCCGGGACCGUUGCAGCGAUGCGGACGGUGUGCCCUCGGGUUCAGCUGCAACGGUCCUGGACUUGUCAGCAUCCUGGAUGAAGUCUCCCAUGGUUGUAUAAAUUGGACAGUUUAGGAGUUUUAAACUUUAAUGAUCAUUUGGUUCCUUUCCUAUUUUAUUUUUGUUAAUGCAACAGGACUUAAAUGAAUUUUGGUCUUUGUUUUAAAGAUUAUUAAAAGAAAAUUGUGUGUCUAUACAUAUGGCUCUUGAGGACACGUGGCUUUCACACUACAGGAUAUGGUCUCCGUGUAGUACGUCUAAACCCGCAGGUGGAUUUUCCUGGAGUGCUUUGUACCACUGUUACAUCUCCAUGUAGGGCGGCAGAGAGUGGCCUGUGUUGAGCUCCGAAACUGUUGCUUUUGAUGUUGUGUUACUGCGCACAGAAGCGUGUGCGGUAAGGUCCUGCAUAUGGUCCAGAUGAAAAGCACCGUAGUCUUGCGAGUUAAGUACUGCUUUUGUUCGAUUCAUUGUUGACGCUGGAAUUUUAUCUCCCCAUGGAAUGUAAGUAAAACAUAGUGUUUGUCACCAAUAAAUGGUAAUACUAAAUUUUUUUUGUUAAUUUAUUCUCAGAUGCCACUACUGCUAGGUAGGUCCCCUCCCAACCUACCUCCUACCCUUUUUUUUUUUAAGGAAAAAACAAAACAAAACUUUGUAAUGCUUGUGAUUCUGUUUGGGCAAAAUUCUGAAGAUCUGAAACGACUUUAUAUCAAACCAUUGAUCAAUAAACAGCUACUAAUGAA